AUUACCUGCGAAUCUUUUCACUGAGAUAAAGUUCUGUUUGCUCAAAACAUUGACACCGAGGACCGGAAAUGAUGCGGGAAAUCAUAACACGCCAUUUUUUUAGUAUUGCACAUUCAACACUCUGGUGUGGUACAUGUAGCUACGAGAAGUGAUAGAGAAAUUGGAUUAUAUUUUUUCAUUAAUUGGGAUCGACUUCGUAAUGUGGCGUUUCUGGAUGAGUACUGACGGAUCAUUUACUAGAAGUCUCAACACGGAGUAAUUGCUGGUAAAAUAUUGCAUGUUAUUCUUACCAAGAUUUGAGGCUGUACGCAAUAUUGUACGCGCUAAUUUGAUGAUAGGAAGUCACAGCCAGUUAAGGGAUGGUAUUCAGCCGUCGUCAAGAUGCUGCAAUUUAGUAUGAAUUCUCUCAGCCUCUGUGGUGUUCUGGUCACUGCCGUGCUUUUCAACUUGAGUUCAGGUAACCAAAUUUGUGAGGUUGUCAGCACAGCGGAUGGGCAAUAUGCACGCUGUCAAAGACGGGGACUCACCUCACCGCCAGGGGAUUUACCGAACGACAUCUCCACCUUAGAUUUGAGCGAUAAUACAAUCACAUCUUUAGGUAGACGUGAUAUGCCAUUUGCCAAAACUGAUAUCGACCCACCUGUCGAUUUUUCAACACAGAAAUACACAAAUUUACGGCGCCUCAUUUUAGCCAAUAACAGGUUAAGCUAUAUUUCGCCUACGGCUUUCCGAGGCUUGCAGUCCCUGGAAGUUCUCGAUUUGUCGGGCAACAACUUGACGUCACUUCCUGACGUGUUUACGAAUCUUACGUCUCUGAGAGCGGUGUAUUUGAACAAUUCGCCGCACAUGGUCCGGGCGGAUUUCAGAGUGUUUACAACUUUAAGAAAUUUAGAGCAUCUUUCUCUAACAGGAAGCAAAAUUAAAACAAUUGACAUAAAAUUUCACAUUGGUUUGAAAGAAACCCGAUUACGUUUACUGAAUUUGACGAACAAUGGGAUUUCCUACAUUCAGGCGUACGCAUUCAAGGAAAUAGAGACGCUAGAAACUGUUAUUCUUGACCAGAACGCUCUCUCAGAAUCUGAAAUAGCCCUCUCUCUCUACGGUCUCCGUGAUUCCCAAAUCAAGUCGUUAUCUCUUCGUAAUUUUCACGACAAACUGACCUAUCUAACGCCAUCGACUUUCUGCAACUUGCAAUCAACGCAGAUCAAAAAUUUAUCUGUGGCUCAUAACUUUGUCAAGUCGCUCAGAGCUGGAGUUUUCACCUGCGUUUCAACUUUAGAGCACUUGGAUUUAUCCUUCAGUUUCUACUUAGAGUCAAUAAAUGACCGAACUUUCCAUGGCUUGCGAUCCUUAAAAUCGCUCAAUCUUCGUGCUGCUCGCCUCAGGGAGAUUCCUACAGCGCUUGGCAGACUUCGGUCUUUGGAAUACUUGGAUUUAUCUAACAAUCUGAUUCACGAUCUUUCUCCUUCGUCAGCUCUUCGUUACCUGCGUAAACUGAAAACGUUACUGCUCAAUGAAAACGAUCUGAAAUAUCUGACAAAAGAUUCAUUCCACGGUCUUCAAAGUCUGGAGUUUUUAGACUGUGGGUAUAACUCUCUUGCGUCCAUCGAGGAUGGAUCCUUCAAAGAUCUUCAUAAUCUGAAGAGCCUAAUUUUGCCCGAGGUUUACGUGGAUAGUUUGACCAAAGAAAUGAUUCAAGGACUAGAGAACUUGACCGUCCUUGACCUACAAUCAAGCACGAUACGCAGCCUGUCGGAUGACGUAUUUACGGAGACUAAAAAUCUUAAAUCCAUUAAUUUUGCAGGUAAUCAACUGCAACUAAUAAGUUCGACAUUCAGAAAUCUGGCACAUUUGAAAGCUCUGCGGUUACAAAACAAUAAGAUAGAAUACUUUGAUGAUCACGCUUUCAGUGGCACCGACAAUCUUACUAUAUUAAAUCUAGGUGUAAAUAAAUUAAAGACUUUUCCUCAAGCGAUUGUCAACUCUAAGAUCCAGGGUUUGCAACACCUGAACAUAUCCCAUAAUCUCAUCGCUACAAUUGGCGGAGUCGCUUUAGACAAACUGCACCGUCUCAGGACCUUUGACGCUCGUGGUAAUCCAUUUGAAUGCAACUGCGAUUUGGCAUCGUUUGUAUUUUGGUUGAAUUCAAGUUCUGCUGAAGGAAAAGACGAAUUGUGGCCGUCCCCAGCGGAGUAUGCCUGUAGCUCCCCAGCUCCGCUGAAAGGUUCUCAGAUUUUCCUGCAGGAUUACAGCGAUUGCCAGAUCUACCCCUACCCCGACGGUUCAAAGGGAGCCUCAACAAUCACGAUACCAGUGUGGGCAAUCGUAGUAGUACUGUUAGGAGCGUGUGCGUGCGUGUCAGUCGCUGCAUUUUUCAUCAUCAGAAGAAACAGACGUUUAAAACGAAACAUUUCUCAUCGACUAGAAGACGAGAGCAGAGAAGCAAUUCCUGUGAAGGUUCACAUAUUAUCCAAAUUCCAGGAGGUUGAAGAAAGGCUAAGGAGCAGGCGACAUUCCUACCGAAUUACGACAGCACCACAGCGUUGCUGUCAUGCGACGAAAACACUUUUUUAUUCAAUGUGCGCUUGGCGUGUUAAGCAAUCGACGAUCAGUGGAGCAGACAAAGAGACAAACGAGGAGAAAGAAGCAGUAUUUACAACAGAUUCGUCGGGUGAUAUGUUAUUACCCAUUAACACAAGAGAGGGAGCGGACGUUGGUCAUCAAAAUGGGGCAUUCGUUACUGCCUCACCGGAUACGAAAAACGAUGCGUCAACAACCUGUGGAAGUGCUAUAUAUGAUGACAUUAUUCCGAUGCAUUUCACAGCGACAAGUCCUCACAGGAUGUAGCGGUGUAAUGUACGCAUUUAUUUAUUUAUUUAUUUAUUUAUUUAUUCAUUUAUUUCUUAGACCGGAUGCAGGAUUCACUUUUAGCUGAGAUGUAGGCAUUUUUGUCCUCGGAAAACUUAUAUUCUGUAGAAACGUCUACAUGUGAAGAACUAGUGAUUAUUUGUAUUUGGUACAUGAUUGAGAGUGGUGCGCGUUGUUGUUAUUUUGGCAUGGACAAACCCAUAUCGACAACAAAUUUCAGGGUAAGUUUAGACGAAGUGACGGAGUUCACAUGAGAACCUAGAACUAUUCUUCCGUCUGCGCUAUCAGUGAAAGUGAUUAGAUAGGUGUAUUAUCCAGUAUAUGCAUGCCUCUGUGUGCGCUCGAUCUCACUGUAGGCCUAGAGCAUCAAACGUUACUGUGGUGAAAUAUUUUG